UUCUUUGCAUACGGGACGGUUAGGACACGUAUCGCGGUUGCACUCCAACGGAGUUGGUUCCUUAUCUGGUUCGAAUCACAGUGACAAUUUGACUUGAGAACGCUACUUCCAGACGUAGGUUGUUCACCUCUGUGUAUUGUUUGAGUGUUCAAAAGAUCCAAUUAGUAGAAUUUUGUGCUUUCAUUCGAGAAACAGACGAACCAUCCGCAGAAUCGACUACGUAAUCACUUUCAUUGGUGUGAGGGGACAUUAGAAAAAUGCCCGAAUUUGUGAUUGAAAAACGCAAUAUUCCAGUGCUGACGAUCGCUUCAACCAGCAGUACCUCGGGUAGCGGAAAUGGAAGUGGUGAAAACGCCCUCGGUUUCCGGAUUACCGGAGGGGCCGAUUUUGAAAUGCCCAUAACGGUGUUUCAGGUCAAGGAACAAAGCCCGGCGGCCAAGGCGGGCCUCAAACUGGGUGACCAGAUCGUGACAAUCAACGGGGCUGAUGCGUCGGCAAUGCGCCUGGCCACUGCGGAAUCCGUGAUCAAACAGGCCGGUGAGCAGCUGCAGCUGGUAGUCGCCAAAGAUGACGAGGAAGCGGCCAAAAACCCGAACAAACCGAAAGAAACCCGCGAAAUCAAGUUCGUUGGUGAGGAAGACGAUAGGGCUGAAAUCAAUAACCCAUCCGCUCCCAAGCAUAAGUCAAACGAAGGACGUGAAGACUGGAUUCAGCCGCCGGAGCGUAAGGUGUGGCACCCGAUCGUAUGGCAGCAGCCACCGCCACCGAUUCCUCCAGAUGUCUACGGAAAGGAUGCUCCCCAUCAGCAGCUGAUUCGCAACAUCCGCCGGCUCCUAACCGAGACGGCUAAAAAGCCGGAGGAACGUCAGAAGCACAUCGAACACAUGAUGCUGUCACUUCCAACCGGGCCUAAACCUAAAGAGGAUGACCCCUGGGCCGAUGAUCCAGUGGAACCGGAACCAGCGCCUAAACCAAAGAAGAAGAAGAAAUCCAAGGGGAAGAAGAAGGUUGUCGUCCGGAAGCGAACUGAAAGUGAAACAUCAGAGGAGGAUUCUGUCGCGCAUGAGAUGAAUUCAACCCCAGCAGCUGCAGCCGAUCCUAUCCCAGAGGAAGAUUGAUGAGGUCAAACGAAACCUUGUUUAACCCGAUAGAAUGUACUUACUUUUAACUCGUAGCUAAUUAUGAAACACUAACAUUUGUACACUUUCGAGGUGGAGAAGGCUAAUUUACACGAAUACACUUAUAAUUUAUGAAACAAUAUUUUUAUGGGGGCAGACUAUGAAAAUACGUUUGUUGAAUCAAUACAUACAAUUGUGUUUGAACCAAAGUAACUACUUCAACGUUGUUUGCAAACUGUACUUAACCGUUGAUCUACCCAAAUCGAAUAAAAAGGAAACGUUACUGUUUUUUCCACAA